UGUGCCUGUCCCUUUAAAUUGAGUUCUACUACGUCAUGGCUUUAAUGCGGAAGUUCUACUCAGGAAACUAGCACACGAGCAGGUUCAGUUUUGUUUACAUGCGACAUGGAGAUAAGCGGAGUUGAUGCUGGUGAUUUGUGAGGGACAGCAGCAUGUACCCCCGAAACGCUCCGCCAAGGGGUCGUCCAGACUACAGGUACGGACAGUACUACCAGUCACCCCCUGUGUUCGACUGCUACGAUUACAACCACCAGAGCCCGCCAGGUGUCAACAGCUUCCAUGUUCCUGUAUUAGAGAAGUUACCGACAUAUGAGUGGAAGCCUCCUCCCUCCCCCUCUCUGGUCCAUUAUCCUCAGACACCAGCCGUUACCAACAGACGCAAGAGGCAGAUUGAGGAAUACAGACCCCCAGUGGUGAAGCGCCAACGCCUUGACCUCUCUCCCCACCCGUCAAUAGGCUCCCCUUUAAUUCAAGUACAACCUCCUCCACAUUAUCGUCCCACCCAAACAUUGGCAGGAUCAUCAAGGUCGGAUUUUGACUACUCUUAUCCCGGCCCAUGUUCCCAGUCCAGCCCACAGCCUGAUCACAGCAUUCAGGUGCCUGUUGUCCCAGACAGCUCCAACAGCCUGCAGGAUUAUGCUAAUGACAAGUUAAGUGGUCAGAUGGUGGAGAUGUUUGAGGCGUGCCAACAGCAGUUCUCUGAUUUGAUCCGAAAGGAGAAAAUCCGAACACAGCUGCAGAAAGACAUACAGCAGGUCUACACAGUGGCACGACUGUACUUGACUGGAUCCUCUAUGAACGGACUGGGCUGUCGAAGCAGUGAUGCUGACAUGUGUCUUGUCAUCAGGGGAAAUAGAAGAACCGAUCCUAUUCAAGUACUCUCUGUCCUCCAGAAGUUGUUCAGAUCACUGUCAUAUGUAGAGAGGACUCAGCUGAUCAGAGCCAAAGUGCCAAUCCUCAGGUUCAAGGAGAAAGGCAGUGAUCUGGAGUUUGAUCUGAAUGUCAACAACACAGUGGGCAUCAGAAACACAUUCCUUUUGAGAAGUUAUGCCUAUGCCGAUCUCAGGAUUAUACCCAUGAUCCUCGUCAUCAAGAAAUGGGCACGGCACAAUCAAAUCAAUGAUGCCAGCAAAGGAACGUUGAGCAGCUACACGCUGGUUCUGAUGGCGCUGAACUACCUCCAGACUCUAAAGGACCCUGUCCUUCCUUCUCUGCAGAGGGACUACCCGGACAGUUUUAAUCCCUUCUUGGACAUUGACAGGGUUCCAGAUGGACCCAAACACGUGCCCCCAUACAUCUCAAGAAACCAGUCCUCUCUGGGAGAGCUGCUCCUGGGCUUUCUCAAAUACUAUGCCACAAGCUUCAGUUGGGACAAACAGGUCAUCUCCAUUCGAGAGGCCAGAACUUUGCCGAAGAACAAUUCCCGCGAGUGGAGAAACAAAUUCAUUUGCGUGGAAGAGCCAUUUGAAAGAAAUAAUGUUGCCCGAGCAGUCCACGAGAAGAUCAAGUUUGAAGCCAUUAAAGCCCAGUUUGUCGAGUCAUGGCGGAUACUCCAACAGAGGAAGGACCUGAACUCAAUCCUCCCUGUCAGAGACAUCAUUAAUAAGGAGUCAUCCGGGAGAUAAGGGCUUCCUCUAAUUAGACGAGCUGAUUCGUCUUCUACCUCAGAGGGACCUGUGGGAUAUGUGGAGAGGGGAACUCCGUUGCCUCCGACCCUCACAGCUGGAACAACUGGGGGAUUCUGAAAGCUCUUUCUGCCUUGGUAUCAUCCACAAACUGGAGCUCAUGUGGAGGUCAUGUGCAUACACAUUCAAUUUGUUUGCAGACUUUGCCAAAUUAUCCUAACUGAUGAUAAAAAUACAUUAUUGUUUCGUGACACCAGAGAUAGACAUUGUUGCUAUAUGGCUCUGUAAUCAAACAUACUUGCCUUUUUUUGGAAGAGGUUAUGUUUACUGACCAGGUGUGAAAAGACAAAAUAAUACCUGCAACCCUUUCAUACCUGAAGGUGGCUCUAUCAGAGACAGCAGCAUUUAGGUUCAACUAGUCUCAGCCAAGUCUUCUCUUAGUUUAAGCUGUAUCCACACUGCUAGAGCUGAGUUACACAGUCAGUCUCUUAAAGAAGCCAACAGUUUGUGUCUGCCAAAUAAGCAGUGUGACGUCUUUAGCCUGUUUGGGCUGACUUUGUAACAUGAAAGCCUUUUUUCUAUUUGUCUAGGUCAAUAUUGAUGCUAUUGUAAAUUUAAUUAACAUAAAAACUUUAAUACUACAGCCACAAUCAAAGCUCUGUUCAUUUUAUUAUCCAGUCUCUACUUCCUGAGCUCAUCUGAAAACUGCCUUCAUAUGUAAGUGAUGUUGAAGUCCUCAUUGAAGUGACUCUAGGGUGACUACAAGAGGGCUGGACCAGAUGUUCCCACUUAUUUAUCUUUGCACCUGAUGUGUUGCAUUAAUUUCCUUUGCUAACUGGCAUACUGUAUCAUUCAAGUUCAGCCCUUUCUUGUUUAAUUUUUGUUAAAUGUUGACAUGUUAUUCAUACAUUAUCAGAUUUACCUAUCAUAUAAGUUAUUGUAAGAAUUCACGCUUAAGUAUGACUUUCUGUUGGGAUUAUUCUUGUUUGUUUGAUAUUUUCCUCUGCUCCUUUUGUACAUUUUGUACAUGAUUGACUUUAAAAUGUUUAUUUAAAAAAAUAAACCUCUGAAGGUG